AUGGAUGCUAAUGGCGACCUGGGUGCCAAGCGGAAGCGCGGCACCGUCGCUGGGGCUGUUGAACGUCCCGCAAAGCAUUUGAAGCCUGAGGGUUCGGUGCUGACCCCCGGCGACGCGACUCCGGCCAAUGGAACCGUUUACGAUAUCGAGGAGGAGGAGGAUUCUGCUCACAUGAUGGCUGUUGGCCCUGCGCAGGCCGAUUCGCCUGAAUGGCAGGCGACCAUUGAGACGGUGGUGAAAAGUGUCGUCUCGAUCCACUUCUGCCAGACAUGCUCUUUCGACACAGAGCUAUCGAUGAGCAGUCAGGCUACUGGCUUUGUCGUCGAUGCUGAGCGUGGAUAUAUCUUGACCAAUCGCCAUGUCGUGGGUGCCGGUCCAUUCUGGGGUUACUGUAUCUUUGACAAUCAUGAAGAGUGCGAUGUCCGACCUGUAUACCGAGACCCCGUUCACGAUUUUGGUAUCCUCAAGUUCAACCCGAAGGCGAUUAAAUACAUGAACCUGACCGAGCUCAAGCUCCAACCGGACGCAGCUCGUGUGGGUGCGGAGAUCCGAGUCGUGGGUAACGACGCCGGUGAGAAGCUAAGUAUUCUCUCGGGUGUCAUCAGUCGACUUGAUCGCAAUGCUCCCGAAUAUGGCGAGGGUUACAGCGAUUUCAAUACAAACUAUAUUCAGGCUGCGGCCGCCGCGAGUGGUGGUAGUUCUGGAAGUCCCGUCGUCAAUAUCGACGGCCACGCGGUAGCUUUGCAAGCAGGUGGACGAGCAGACGGUGCUGCCACAGACUAUUUCCUGCCCCUGAGAUCGUCCAUUGCGCGCCUUGGAUGGAUCCUCAAGCCAUUUGACGAGUGCCGUCGUCUCGGCCUGACCCCCGAGUGGGAGGCUGCUGUUCGCAAAGCAGCGCCAGCAGAAACCAACAUGCUUGCAGCCGAGAUUAUCCUGCCAGAAGGUCCUGGAGAUGGCAAGCUACUGGAGGGAGAUGUUUUGUUGCAGGUAAAUGGAGAGCUUCUUACUCAAUUUGUCCGUCUUGAUGAUAUUCUAGACUCCAGUGUCGGUGGUAAAAUCCGACUGCUGGUGCAGCGCGGAGGAGAAGACAUGGAGGUUGAGUGUGAAGUUGGUGACCUCCACUCCAUCACUCCCGAUCGAUUUGUGACGGUUGCUGGAGGCACUUUCCAUGACCUAUCAUACCAACAAUCCCGUCUUUACGCCAUUGCUACCCGUGGUGUAUACGUUUGCGAGGCUGCGGGCUCUUUCAAACUGGAGAAUACAUUGGCGGGAUGGAUUAUUGAUUCAGUGGAUAAAAAGCCGACUCGAAAUCUGGACGAAUUCGUGGAAGUGAUGAGGAACAUCCCUGAUCGGUCACGAGUGGUCAUCUCCUACCGCCAUAUCCGAGAUCUGCAUACCAAGGGCACUAGUAUCAUCUAUGUCGACCGUCACUGGCAUCCGAAGAUGCGCUUGGCAGUGCGCAAUGAUGAAUCUGGUAUUUGGGAUUUCUCGGAUCUGGCUGGGCCUAUCCCAGCCGAAAAGCCUGUUCCUCGCAAGGCUGACUUCAUCCAGCUGGAUGGCGUUAGCCAACCUGCGGCGGCAGAGAUUGUGCGCAGUUUCGUUCGCGUCUCUUGCACCAUGCCAUUGAAGCUAGACGGAUACCCUCAAGCCAAAAAAACCGGAUUUGGUCUGGUUAUCGAUGCCGAGAAGGGUCUGGUUGUCGUCUCCCGGGCUAUUGUGCCCUAUGACCUCUGCGAUAUCAACAUUACCGUUGCUGAUUCCGUCAUCCUCAACGCCAAGGUCGUCUUUUUGCACCCUCUUCAGAACUACACCAUCAUUCAAUAUGACCCCAGCCUUGUUCAGGCACCCGUGCAAAGUGCUCGUCUCAGCACUGAGUAUAUCAAGCAGGGUCAAGACACUAUUUUCGUCGGUUUCAACCAAAACCAUCGUAUUGUUGUUGCGAAGACUGCAGUCACCGAUAUCACAACUGUUUCGAUCCCUGCCAAUGCUUCCGCUCCUCGGUACCGGGCAAUCAACCUAGAUGCUAUUACAGUGGACACUGGACUCAGUGGACAGUGUACAAACGGAGUGCUGAUCGGUGAAGAUGGAGUGGUUCAAGCCCUCUGGCUCAAUUACCUUGGCGAGCGCACUCCAAGCUCUCACAAGGAUGUCGAGUACCACCUUGGAUUCGCCACUCCAUCAUUGCUUCCCGUUACGUCCAAGAUUCAACAAGGUGUCGUUCCCAAACUUCGCAUCCUGAACAUGGAGAGCUAUGUUGUACAGAUGAGCCAGGCACGAAUCAUGGGUGUCUCAGAGGAGUGGAUCCAAAAGGUGGCACAGGCCAACCCUUCACGUCACCAGCUGUUCAUGGUGCGCAAGGUGGACUGCCCACCGGCAAACUUCACCUCUGAGGUCGACAGUUUCCAGGAAGCUGAUAUCAUUCUCACUCUCGAUGACCAGCUUAUCACUCGCGUUUCGGAACUGGAUGUCAUGUAUGAGAAGGAGGUAUUGGAUGCUUUGAUUAUCCGUAACGGCCAAGAGAUGCACCUUCGUGUUCCGACCGUUCCAACUGAAGAUCUUGAGACCGAUCGUGCUGUUGUUUUCUGCGGUGCUGUUCUUCAGAAGCCCCAUCAUGCUGUGCGGCAACAAAUUUCAAAGCUUCAUAGUGAAAUCUAUGUUAGCGCCAGGAGCCGCGGUUCGCCCGCCUACCAUUAUGGACUUGCUCCUACUAACUUCCUGACUGCUGUCAACGGCGUUCCUACUCCCAACCUCGAUAGCUUCGUCAAGGAAGUUCGCAAAAUUCCGGAUAACACCUACUUCCGACUGCGUGCCGUGACAUUCGACAACGUUCCAUGGGUUGUCACUAUGAAGAAGAACGAUCAUUACUUCCCCAUGUCCGAGUAUAUUAAGGAUCCCUCCGCCGAGGCUGGCUGGAGCACCGUUUCCCACGGCAAGUCCGAGACCAAGAAGGGCGUAUCCUCGGAUGCGGCGAAUCUCAACCCGGACGCGAUGGAUGAAGGCGGUGAUGGUGGAGCGAGCGAUGCUGAACCCGACAUGGAGUAA